AUGGCGCCCAGACUCGCACUUUCCCAACUUGAAAUGACGCGCGACAUGAUUAUCAGUCAAUCACGGACUACUUCUCAAAUGGCUGAGGUAGCUGGCUGUAGCAAACGUUCAAUCACUCGAUGCAGAUCUCCGGAUGUUUGGCAAUGUCCGAGCGCCCUCGAUCCCAGGUGGCCGUCCACAAACCGGAUUCAUACCUGGAUGAGAUGGCGGACUUCUUAUGAAUUUGAGUUGGUCGUAUUAUCGUACACCAUCAGUCGGGCCCUUCGAUCGCAUGGUUGGAGCAAGGUGGCUCGACGGAUAGCACAGGAAAGAAAUGCGGACCCGAGAGACUACUAUCUGUAUCAGCUAUCAAAUUUCCGUUCGUACCAUUGA